AUGGACGAUCCAUGGGAUUGGGACGUCGAUAAAGUGGUUCAAGAGCUCUGCUCAGCCAAUCGCUCUUGGGAACCUCCAACUUCUAUUCCCCUGCAGUUCCCACCCCCAGAGAAACUUGAACCUCUAUUACGAGAGCAUGGAGUUGACGGUCAUACGCUUCUCACAUAUGAUCGUGUCGAACUCUGCCAAGACCUAUGCAUCAGGAUUGUGAAGCACAAAUCUAUAUUCAAGCAUAUUAUCGACUCAUUCCGCGCUCGUAGCAAACAGUAUAGGCUGUAUCAGAAACGCAGCCACUCGGAAUUCGAAGCUGAGGAUGACGAAGUUCAAACGAGAAACAGCGUCAAUAGGGAGGUAUUACCAAUCAAGCCUACUUCUCGCAAACCUCUCCUAUCUUCGCAAGGAAGCUUCAAUCUUAACUCGGAAAGGCCACAAGAUACGCCUCAGAGAUCUCCGCCGAGCAAUAUUCAUGAAGGUCAUCAUCCUAGAGUCGCGUCUACUACGACUCCGUAUCGAUCUAACACUUUUCAUGACACCCCUUCCUACGCUCAGAAGGCCCCCACACCGGAUACGGCUGCUACGAAGAAACGAAAAAUAGCCCCUAUGCUCAUUUCAACCGAGGUUGAUGUUAACGUGUCACGUACUAUUCCCUCCGAAGCAGACGUGAUUAUAGCAUCUAGAUCAAAGAACCUUGUUAAUAAUCGAGGAAAUGAUGCAAUUGAUUCAACCUGGGCUUACCUCGGAAAUAAUGCCGUGACCAGGGUAGAUAUCGUUGAAAUGGUUAACGACGACGAACCUUUCUCGAAAGAUAUGUUGCAAGAAGAACGGCAACUCGCAUUUGUUCAAGUCGAUAGACUGCCGUAUGGCCGCCGGCUACAGAUCAACCGGUUUCUCAAGCGUCGGAUGCUGCGGAAUAGAAAGCCUCGAGUUCCCUACGCGACUAAGCUGGAUAUGGUACCCGGGGCCAACAAUCCGGAUCACGAUAAAAUCUUACCUUUAUACGGAGACUCAGAUGACGAGUUCGAUGAAGAGACUUGGGCUGAGAUACAAUCCGAACAGCUCAAGAAGAAGGACCGACGUGGCCUGUCUAGCGACGAAGUCCAAGCUGUGAUCGAUGAAUCCAUUCAGAAAUUUGUAUCCGAUUGGAAAGAUCGUAAGGCCUCCAAGCUCUUAUACAAAUCCAACCAAAUUUGGUUAAAUGCUCGAAGGGCCGGCCUAAAGAUGUCGAUCGACAAGAACCGCAGUGCUUUUGAGGCAUGCGAAUCCCGCAUUGUGAAGUACUGUGGAGAGAUGGCUCUCCAGCAUUGGCGUAAAAUAGCCGAGUUAAAGAUGAACACCUUGAUCUUGCAACAGAGUGUAGAAGACAGGGAAUAUGCUUCGUGGGUUCUCAAAAUCAUCACUUCUCCAACCGAACCUGAAAAGCUUUCAGCCCCGCCUCAGACAUCCGUUAGAACCCGUCGACAGCCAAAGCUAGUUUCCACCGAUUCUGGGGACGAGGAGGAGAUACUGACAAGUGAUUCCGAGAAUGAGCUUGACAGAUUCAUUGUCGAUGACCCCUCGACCCCUCGUGCAUCUCGUAGUAGUUCAUCCAUGGCAAUUGUCGAAGACAACACUUCUCCCGUGCAACGAGAACGACGCCGCGAGAGUGACCAAAACGAGGUACCUAUGGACUUGAAACGGACAGAAACUAUCGAUCUUACAGAGUCUUUUCGAACGCCAGUCAAAUCUCAAAAGUACCAUGUGAUAGAUCUUACUACCCCCACUAAAUCUAAAUCAGCCUCCAAUAGCUCACCCGGGACAAGGCUUGGUAAUACGCCGGGAAAACUAGGUCAAUUGCAUAAUGAGAAAUCGCCUCUUAUAAUGAGCGUCAACGACCUAGACUCGGCCGAACAACUGGUAGCCAAUGAACUGGCUAAGCAAGACGAAGAAUAUCUAUCAUAUAUCUUUUCGGUAACUAUGAAGAACCAUGAAGAUGAUGUUUGGAUAGAUUUUCUAUGCAGUGAAUUGGAAGAGCGAAGAAUCCCGAAGUCUCCCUACGAUACCCCCGAGAAGAAGAAGGCUUUCUCAGCCUUCACGAUGCUUCGUUUGUUUGAAAUAUAUAGAGACGAUACCUUCUACUCGAUAAAAGAUGUAGCGACACAGACAGAGACACUCAGCAGUUAUGCGGACUUCCUCCGCCGCUUAUCUGAUCGUUUCGAGUGGAAGGCCAUUGAUACAGGAAUAGCUGGUCGAAAAUCUCCAUCCAAACAAAAGAAGCGUAAGAAAUUGGUUCGCAAUCAAGAAGCAGAAAGCCUCAGAGAGCAUGAUAGAGCACGGGCGGCAGAACAGAAACAUCGACAAGAAGUUUUACGUGCAAAAUUCAAGGAGCUCGAAGAGCAAGGCGUAGCGGUUCUUGAUCAAAAGAAUAUGAUAAUCAACGAGAGUAAAGAAGACGAUCAAGGAUUUAUUUACGUCCAUCCUGAGAUCGCACGGCGCAUUAAGGAACAUCAAGUAGCAGGAGUCAGAUUCAUGUGGAAUCAGAUUGUAGACUCCAGAGCGAAGCAAGGCUGUCUACUCGCGCAUACCAUGGGUCUCGGAAAGACCAUGCAAAUCAUUACACUCCUAGUGGCUAUCGCCGAAGCUGCAGGAUCCGAAGAUGAGUCGAUCUCCUGUCAGAUACCUAAGGGCCUAAAGGAGUCGAAAACCCUUGUGUUGUGCCCCCCUUCGCUCGUCAACAACUGGAUGGACGAAUUACUUUCUUGGGCUCCCCAAGGACAUAAACUUGGAGAGUUUUUCAAAGUUGACCCGUCAGCGGGAAUCCCCGAACGCGAAGCGAACAUCGAGACAUGGGAUGAACGAGGUGGCAUCCUCAUUUUUGGCUAUACUCUGUUUAAAGAGUAUGUGACCAAGGGAGAGUAUACAGAAAUACUUCGCGUCGGCCCCAAUAUCGUUGUAGCCGAUGAAGCGCACACGAUGAAGAACCCGAAGUCACAAACUCACGCUGCCGGUGCACAUUUCAAAACCCUGUGCCGAAUUGCCUUAACCGGUUCCCCCUUGGCUAACAAUGUCGAAGAGUACCAUGCCAUGGUUAAUUGGAUUGCACCAAACUACUUAUCCGAUAUUAGCGAAUUCAGGUUGUUGUAUGCUAAUCCAAUCAAAGAGGGGCUUAAACUGGACAGUACUAUGAGCCAGCGCAGAAGGGCUCUGAAGAUGUUAAGGGUCCUCAAGGAAGAAGUUGCGCCAAAAGUACAGCGAAUAACAAUCGCAGCGCUGAAGCAUGACAUUCCGACAAAGCUAGAAUUCCUCUUAACUGUACCUCUUACUCAUGUGCAGCGAGAGGCGUAUGAAACUUUCAUCCAGUACCAACUAGAUCACCCAGGAUCGAGCCAACUAGCUUCUAUAGAUACGUUAGGUAUCCUCUGUGCCCACCCAUCGAUCUUCAUGAAAAAGUUGCAGGAUCGAAAACAGGGUUCUACAAAGUCGAUUGCGAAGGCGGAGGCUCUACCUAGUGAGCUUAUUACUAGCGAGAUUACCCUCUUGCAUAAGACAAGGGACCUGGGAGCAUAUGCAUUGUCUUGGAAAAUCAUGAUAUUGCUCUCUAUUCUCGACGAGUGCAAGCGCAUAGGUGAUUCAGUUCUCUUCUUUAGUCAAUCUAUCCCUACGCUUGACUACAUAGAGUCUAUUCUGAAGACUAAGAAAUUUUCCUUCGAACGGAUUGACGGGAAAGUCGCGCCAACUAAACGGCAGUUCGUCGUCAAGGAAUUUGGUAAGGGCAAAGUUGAUGUAUUCCUCAUCUCUACCAAAGCUGGCGGCGUUGGCCUCAAUAUGACGAGUGCUAAUCGAAUCAUUAUUUUUGAUGUUAAAUUUAACCCGCAGAACGAGCAACAGGCCGUCGGGCGCGCAUAUCGUAUUGGUCAGAAGAAACCAGUCUAUGUUUACCGCUUGGUUUGUGGGGGCACCUCCGAGGAGAAAGCGCUGAAUAUGGCGAUAUGGAAGAUGCAGUUAGCUUCUCGAGUCGUUGACCAGAAAAACCCUAUCCCCAAAGCUCAGGAAUUCGGUCACUCAUUUGAGAUGCCAACGGAGCCCAAGCAAGAUAAUAUCGAUAUACAUAUCGGUAAAGAUAAUGUCCUGGAUAAGGUUAUUGCAGUUCACAAAGACGGAAUUAGAGCCAUUACGAUGAUGGACACUUUUGAGGAGGAAGAACUUGAAGAUGCUGUCUUGACUGCUGAGGACCGCGCGGAAGCUGACCAGUUGAUCGCCCAAAAUGAGGCUCGUAGGCUGGGCAAGCCUAUUACGUCUCUGUAUUCUACGAACCAAGGUAGACUACCCAACGAAGCCAAUAGGGCUAUACCGCAGAUUCCUGUGGCCGCAAACCCUCCUCAGAAUAACGCUGCCUUAUAUCAACCCAACCUAUUGCAGCCAAUUCAGGGUACUACUACGCAUAUUCGGAGAUGGCCGCAAAAUUCGGGCCAUGUCAUGGGUAGUCAAUUUGCCGCUUGGGAGCAUCAGCCAGCUUUCAAGGGGGAGUUGGCACGAGCCUUUUCAAUGAGCGGGGCACCGCAUGAUGAUGAACAGAAACGAGGCGCCGCGCAUGCCAUUACAGCAGCAGUUUGGGAUCGACAACGACCUCCCGAGCAACAUGCUCAGGCAAAAUGGGAGAUAAUGACAGCAGCAUCGUCUCCACGAUUUGUUGAAGCUAUCUGCUUGAACCUUCUGUCUGCUGCUGAGCUGGCUAAUAUGGAGCCACCCGAUAUUGCCUCAAAGCGGUAUAAUUGGGACAAAUUGACAGAAGCAGAAUGGGAGGAAUAUAAAGCCGCUGCGGCUCGCAAGUCUGAAGCAGACCCUGAACAUCUCCAAUACGCACUCCACCAAAUGACGUCCACUCCCAAAGGGGAAAAUUCUAGCCGACGUAAACCUCUUCGACUAGAUGAUCAAGAGGCGUUAGAAACUGUUAUCGAGAACAGAAAGGCAAAGCAGUCUUCCUAUCCUCACCCUCGCCUACCAAUCUGGGCUAUUGACGCAGUUACUAGACAGGGACGCGCAUCGUCACCGUCGACACAUCCUCCCGGUGGCUCUUCAUCCUAUCUUUCACCCAAAAAUCCUUUCAAGUGA